GGGUGGUGGUGGUGGUAGUGGUCGUGUUAGCGGUGUUUUUCUUCUUCAGGGUUGGUGCAUGCUGGAGUUUUUGAGGUUGGAUUGAGCGGUGGUGAGUAGUGUGGAGAGAAAGUCGCUUUUUUGGGCGUUAUUUCUGGUCUGAAUUCAGGACUGGUUUGGGUCGGGCGCUUCUCUCCUGCUGUUCUCAGGCGACUGGCGUGAUUGCAUAGUGUCGUGAACAGUACUUUUCGUCCGUUUCUGCUGAGAGGUAUGAAUUGCGUUCCGGGUAUUUGAUCGGUUCAGGGAGAGCAAUAUUUACUUUGUUGAUUCUGGCGAAAGCUGGGCUGGAUGGCACUGUGAUUGGAUUUCAGGAUGGAUUCAAGAGAAUGUAGUCGUAGAAAUUGUGUAGUUGAAUUGUGUGGCAGUGUAAUCAAUGUACCAGGACGGUUUGAGGUUAUUCGACUGGUUUCUUGAGGUCGGAAUGUUGAGAAUGAGCUCGUUUCGGUUUGGUUACAGCGUAGAUAGUGUUCGAAUUGUGUCAUAAGCUGUUAUUUUCUGAAAGUAUUAGGUCGCGUGGCUGGAAAAACAGUCUAAAAUAAUGGUUGAUAUUAGUUCAAGAAGUUUCAGGGCGUGUGAGUGAAUGUGCACUGUUUCUUGCCUACUUCAAAGUGGUGAGGUUCUUGAAGGCCACAUUGCAAGAUCAUGACUUUACCUUCGGGUCUGAAUCAGACACAUAUGACGGGGGUGGUUCUAGCAAUUGGAGCGGCAAAUAGUAUUUGCCAGAACCAGCUCGUACUGGGUCAUUGGUGUACCCCGUCACGAUUCCAGUGGCGGCUUGAAACAAGAAGCCGCGUGUGCAGGCUCUCUUCUUGAGGGAGCUUGUUCGACAUGGGCAAAAUAGUACCCUUCAAUGGUGUACGAGAGGACCUCAGAGGACGCCUUGCCUGCUAUAAGGAUGACUGGACUGGUGGCUUCAAUUCUACGUACAGGAUUCUUGCUGCCACAGCAUACAUAUUUUUCGCUUCGGCCUUACCGGUGAUUGCCUUUGGAGAGCAGCUCGGCAGGGAUACGGAGGGGGUUAUUACGGCUGUACAAACCUUAUCAUCAACAACGAUUUGUGGCAUAAUUCAGGCCAUUGUUGGCGGCCAACCACUUCUUAUUGUUGGAGUAUCGGAGCCAACCUCUUUGGUAUACACAUUCAUGUAUGAUUUUGCGAAGAACAGGCCUGAAAUUGGCGCUCGAUUUUUCUUGGGCUGGGCGGCUUGGGUCUGUGUAUGGUCGGCCUUUAUGCUGGCCGCUCUCGCUAUCCUUGGAGCAUGUAAUUUCAUCAACAGAUUCACCAGGGUUGCUGGGGAGCUUUUUGGGUUGCUUAUUGCUGUGCUCUUUGUGCAGCAGGCUGUGAAGGGAGCGGUGAACGAAUUUCGUAUUUCCAAGUUCGUGAAUGCAACUGAGGAGCAAUUCCAGUCUUCGUGGCGCUUUGGCAAUGGCAUGUUUGGGUUGAUCCUUACCUUUGGGCUUCUUUGGACGGCCAUAAAAAGUAGGAAUGCAAGGUCCUGGAAUUUUGGCCCAGGCUUCUUCAGAAGAUUUAUUGCAAAUUAUGGAGUUCCAAUCCUGGUGAUUGUAUGGAGUGCCGUCUCGUAUGCACGAGUAGGAUCUGUUCCAGCAGGUAUUCCAAGGCGUUUGACCAGCCCAAAUCCAUGGAAGUCACCAAUAGCAACAACGCACUGGGAUGUGGUUGCGGACAUGAACGAUAUUCCAGGAGUUUAUAUUGCGGCAGCCAUUGUACCGGCCUUGAUGAUUGUCAUUCUCUAUUAUUUCGAUCAUUGUGUGUCCGCUCAGCUGGCUCAACAACCCGAGUUUAAUUUACGAAAACCAUUUUCCUAUCAUUACGAUCUGCUACUCCUAGGGUUCACGGUACUUUUGUGCGGAUUGCUGGGUCUGCCACCAUCUCAUGGAGUUCUUCCUCAAUCGCCCAUGCAUACUCGUGCGCUUGCUUCGUUGAAGAAAGAGCUCGUCCGCAGCAAGCUAAUAAAACGAGCAAAAAUAAGUCUAGCACAUAAUCCAUCGGGAGAAAAGCUUCAGGAUGACUUGCACGAUGGAUAUAGACAAACUGAGACGCCACUUUCAUCUCCAUGUGCUCCUCGGGCCACGAAAGAGCUUCACAUCAACAUAACUUCCAGUGAUCCUGGGAGCCCCAUGAACAAGGUGAACUUUGACCCCGAAAAGGAUGUUGAUCCCCUUCUUCCUGUCGAAGUAAAAGAGCAACGGCUAAGCAACUUGUUGCAAUCGCUGUUGGUUGCCGCAUGCAUUGGUGCGAUGCCUGCGUUGAAGAAGAUCCCGUCCUCAGUGUUGUGGGGCUACUUUGCUUACAUGGCCAUUGAAAGUCUUCCAGGAAACCAGUUCUGGGGAAGAAUUUGUCUACUCUUCAGCUCCUCCGCUAAGCGGUAUAAGGCUUUGGAGACUACUCAUCCAAUGUUUAUGCAUACGGUGCCUUUCAAAGUGACAGCUACCUUCACGAUUUUCCAACUAGUUUAUAUGAUAUGCUGCUACGGCAUCACAUGGAUUCCAAUCGGUGGAGUUCUGUUUCCAGUCCUGAUCAUGCUUCUGAUCCCUGUACGCCAGUUUGUGCUACCUCGCUUUUUUAAGAGGGAGUACUUGCAGCAGCUCGAUUCUGCAGAAUACGAAGAGGUGGCACCACUUCCUCAAAGCUUGGCCUUGAAAGAAGCUGAAGCCCAAGGCCUUUCUGUGGGAUCGGACACAUCUGAUGACGCGUCCUUGGAUCAUUUCGCUACUGCGGCUCGUGGAGAAAUCAAACACCCUCUCCCACUUCCUCUGCACAAUCACUUCGGUAUUCCUACCUCAUCUACAGAGUUCAAUAGUAUGCAAUUCAGAGAAAUUGCAGAAGUUAUUGUGGGUUACCACUUGACCAUCUUAGUUAGUUGAUGGAUUCGGCUCACUAUUUUGAAUGGCGAUUCUCUGUGUAAGGAGUAUGUGAACGCAGGCUUGCAGCUGAUAUAAUUCUAUUGUUGGUUGA